CCAAGGUGCAAUCCAACAUCAACAAUCGGCCUAGCCCUUCAGGCCCCAUUUUUGGCAAGUCAACUUCCCCCCUCUUCUCCCAUAGCCUCUUCUUUUUACCAAUUUUGUGGAUAUAACUGAAAGUUGCAGAGAAACUGCCACGGAAGCGCGAAAGAAACCGCCCCCGCCGGAGUAGAUAGAUGGUGGCCUCAUUUUCACCGUCGCCCAUCACCGGAAAACUGCCCUGUUUCCCUUCUUCAGCUUCCCCAGUCAGCUACCGUCUUCAUCUCCCCGCUGAUAAUCUCAAGUUAAGUCCACUACUUGCUCAAGAAAGCUCGCAACUUUUUUGCUUCCGAACGCAGCCUUUAGUGUUCGAUUGAUAGAAUAAUCGAGCUAGCCAAACUGCAAUUGCUUGACUGAUACCUGCUGAGAUAGCUUCUAUCUGUGCUUGAACGUCAUCUGUUGUCAUUUUGGGAAAUUUUGGAUUUGUGUGGUCAAUUCCGUCGACUGUAGACUUUUUUCUCAGCGAGAUUGUGAAAGAACCUGCCUUUAUGCUGUUUCUUGAUUACCCUUUUGGUUGCAUUGGCUACUUUUAUCAUGGUUUGGAGUAGGGUUUAUUUGGAAGUGCAGAAGGUGGCCUUGGCAUCCCCAAUUUUUCAUGAUGUUUCUGAAGUCUGUAUUGAAUUCGUUGGUAUUCCCUACUUGGAAGAUCUCAUGUUCCAAGCUAUGUUUAUAGCUGCUUGAUGCAGCAUAUGUGUGGAAUUUCGAACUUGGAUUUGCAUAAUUUGAAUGGAGGAUUGCUUAUACUUUGUUGUGCCUGUGCUGUUUGUAUCCAUAUUUUGAUUUGGGUUACCAUCAUUUUUCAGGUGGGGGUUUGGAGUUGAGUCUGAUAGCAACUCUGGAGUUGGUAGAACAAAAAGUCGAGCUUUUCGAAUCUCUGCAACUUCCAAUGUAUGGAUCCUCCAUAUAAGUUCGACUCAGAUCCUAAGAGAUUUCGAAACAUAAUAGCAGUUUCAAUGGUUCAUGUCAAAUGGUGCAAUGUAAUUAGAAAACCCUUCUCCUCUAAUCUAUGCAAUCAAACAGACGUUUGUGGAUUAGGGAAUGUUAGUCACGUAACCAGCCGUUAGAAUUACAGAUUUGGCUCUGAAUCGCCAUUACUAGGUAUGUUGGUGGUACUUCCUCCAUGAACAGGUUGAACUGAAUGUAUAUAGGAAAGUAGAUCAGCUGCUCUCCAUUCCCCAGUUCAGCAAACAUUUUCUGUCGAAUGCUCCAUAGGCGUGUACUCUGGCUCUUGGAGCUUAAGUCUUGCAAUGAACUUCACAAACUACAUUGUCAACUUCUGUACAAAAUUUUGACUAUAUGCAGGCAUCAGGAAGUUCGAAAAGAGAGGUGAUCAUGGUCGAUCCAGCCGAAGCCAAGCGAUUAGCUGCGAAGCAGAUGGUAGAAAUUCGAAGGAAAGAGAGACUCAAGAGACGGCGUGAGAUCGAGGCGAUCAAUGGAGCAUGGGCAAUGAUAGGUCUCACAGCAGGUUUGGUCAUUGAAGGUUACUCUGGGAAGACCAUAAUAGAACAGUUGGCUGGAUACCUGUCUGCCAUCGUCCAUAUUUUUAUACGAUAGCUUCGAAUUUUGGGACCAACAUCACCUGAAGUUAUCUAGGUAACUUGUUCGAUCUGCCUCCGAAAUUCUGUCUCUUCAUUACACAACACAUGGAAACUGUAUAAUCUUUCCCCUACAGUUUUGUACUAGCAUUGUACCAUUCAUUACUGGCAAUCAACAUUUUUAUCAGAGCUGGUCACGAUCAUGUUUUGCUUUUCUGAUACCUUGCUUGUGGUGAGUUUCUGAAUGGUCCCAGAAGUGAACUUUAAUGUCUAGCUGUCCAAUGCCAGAAAGGAAAAAACAACAGAAAAAAAGGGAAGGUAAAAGAGGUCGGCAACUUGCUGUUUUGAGAAUCAUGAUGAAACCUGGAUAGAAGAUUUUGUAGGGUUUAAAAGCCUAAGUGGUCACCAGAUUAUGGUCUUUGCAACAAAAUGCUAACUAAUAAGCUACUUGAUAUGUAAUCAAAUGGUUGUAUCGUCUAAGUUCGUCGAAGAACUCUGUCGUUAGUGAGGUGAGUCAGCCUGCCAACUAGACUUGUCGCGUGUUCUCGACUUUGCCCAGUCAUCAUCCACAAGACCCCCCUCCAAACAAUCUCGACGACAGUUUUCCCGAACGAAUCGGAGUAACCAACCGAACAUGAACUUGAGGACGUGCCUGCAAGUCUGCAGCAGCAACAUCAAGUGAAAGGGAAAGGCCGUGACUGCUGCAAAAAAGGUGUAACACGGUUUGCAUACAACUUGGCCGGCAAAUGUUUGCUGGCUUUGGCUGGCUGGCUGUCCUGAUUGGUUAUAGGGUUUGGUUUUAGUUUGUGGAUAAUAAUUAGUCUCGUGACAAGUUUUUUGUUAGGUUGACAGGUUGGAUAGGACACGGUUAUUAAGAUUCGAACUUUAUUAAUUUAUUUUUGCC